GAAAUCUAGGCACUAGCAUUUUCUUAACCGACGGAGAGCUGGGUACCAUCGAAGCUUUUUGCCGCGAAAAUUUCCAACUGGACAACUAGAAGACGACAAAAUGGCGAAUGAAACUCUUCGAUCUUUAUCUAAAAGGCUUGGAAUAACGACAGUAGAUGUUUCAAAGAAGGGUUCUGAAUUUGAGCGCUUGAUGGACGUUCGUGGUUGUUCCUUGACUUUAACUAGCGUGGCUAAAUCUGUGAUCUGCCUCGAGAUUGCUGCGAAUAAUUCCCAAGUUCCCGUGGACAAGAAUGUGGCAAUUCGUCUCUCUGGGAUGACCAAGAAAGCAUACAUCCAUGCUUUCAAAACAAUAGAGUGUCUGUUAGGGAAGAAAAAGGAAUUUACCAUCAAAGAUCUUGCGGUGCAAUUUGGUUGCAUGGAGGCUUCAAACUUGGCUCAGCAAAUCCAUCAGAGGUAUAAACAAGAUUUUGUUCAAGAAGCUGAAGACAUCAGUCAUCCAAUCUUUGUAGCGACUGCAUUAUAUACUGCUUGCAAGUACAAAAAGAUCAAAAUAGACAAGAACAAGUUACUGAACAUGUUGGCUACUAAGAGGUCAACAUUUGACAGUCUGCAUAAGAAGAUGGAGAAAAUACCUGACAUGUUGGAAUGUGUUGAAAGCAGUAAAAGAUCAACAAAAAGAGGUUAUGGACUUCUCGGGAAAGUGAAUGAAAUAAUUGAAACUCAACCUCAUUCAUCAAAACAAUCAAAGGAAGACGAUGAAGAGGCAAACGCAGAGGACAGAGAUUAUGAAGAAUGGAAGAAGAGAAUUCUUGAAUCUGCAGCGAAAGCCAUGGCGUCUACGGGAAAGAAAAACAACGAAAAGAGUAACUCAUAAUAUUUUGCAAUUCAUACAUUGAGAUGUUACAAUUCAAUUUGUUGUAGAACGCUGUUGCUGUGACUUAUUCGAACUGAGCAGUUAUAUGGGUCGUAUGUCUUCCUCUUUUUUUCUGUCUCUUCUGCCUUCAACGAUUUUCGCUUAGAUAUCUGGGAUCUGGUAAGUCGCGUGAUUUUCCUAAACCAAUCAAAGAAAGGACGCAGUUUUCUCAGCCAAUGAUCUGCGACUUGCCUUGUUGCAUCUACCAGCCGUGCAUAACAGGUCACUCCAUAAAGCUGAUGAAGACAGAUAAAGGGAAAGUAAAGACAGCUUAGACUCCGUCCACACUGCUUGAGUUUUCACUCUGGAGAUGCGUCAAAUGUUUUCCGUCCACACUACGCAGGAGAAAGUUGAAAACGCCACAAUCAACGGUCAUUUUG